AAACUAGCGCAAGCUGCAAUAAUAAGUCAGUGUCUGUUAGAACGAUAAGAUGACCACCAUGUUUGUGAAUCUCGUACUGAUCACAUGUUUGACCGGUUCUUUAGGAAAUAUGGUUGAAAAAGAGCUUGACCCUGAUAUUCCACCUCUGCUGUUGCAUGUUCUUGACCCUGGCAGCCUGCCGCUAUCACAAAGGGACCCAGAACCUGGAACUCCUCCCCUACAACGGCGGGACCUUAAACACGAAAAUCCCGCGCUAAAACGACAGGAAGUUGACCACGGAAAUUCACCUCAAGAAUGGCAGGACCUUGUCACUUUCGUUAACGAGAAAAUUGAAGGUAUGGAACGACUACUAACCGAAAAGGACGAACGCAUUGAUCAACUGGAAUUAAACGUAGCUAUUCAGAAGACUGAAAUCAAGCAGCUAAAAUGGGGGUUGACGUCACUUGAGGAAGAAGUAUCAGAGAAAAAUGAAGUUGUCGGCAAAUUGGUGGCAAGAGUAUCAGCCUUAGAGGGAAUGGUGAUGUCUGAUGCCAUUACAAGUGGACGUGACACUGUUAGAUCUCAGAGGACUGAGAACGAAUCUCAAACUGACCUGGUCAAAACUUCGGACUCCAGACCUGGAUCUAAUGCUGAGAAGAUGUUAACCUCACCACCUGCUGUUCCUAAAACCUCAAACUAUCAAAAUGCUAGAACUGUGCUGCCUCGCUUUGAGUAUCUCCUGAAUAAAUCUGACGACGAAGAAUAUGUUGUAAACACUGAUAACGGGUCCGAAGAUUUAUCGAUAGCGAAGCACUCAAAAUUCCAACAAAAACGCGUAACGCCUAAAGCUACCAUAGCUUUCCACGUUGCUUUGUCCACCAGUAAAGUUGUCACAGAAGACGACGUAGUAGUGUAUGAUCAGGAGACUCUGGACCAGGGGAAUGGAUACAACCCAAGGGAAGGGCUUUACAUUACCCCGGAGUCAGGGACCUACGUCCUCACCUGGACCACUCUUUGUAAUGCACAUGAAGCAAUUCAGACUGUUCUUGUUGUGAAUGGAGCUGUAAAAGGAGUAUCGUGGACAGAUUCGAAUGAGAUAAACGAUUACCACCAAACUACAGCUGUCGUCGUUCUCACACUGAACCAGGGAGAUCGUGUCUUCAUCCGUUUGGGGCAUGCUGAUGGACACGGGGCAAUAGUGAGUAACAGCGCACAGUAUACCGGGAUAUCAACCUUCUCAGGAUGGAAGCUAGACUGAGGAAUAAUAAAUGGACAUAAAUAUCAAAAUAAUUUCUAUUUCUGGCUUUGUUACACUUACUCCCGAUAAAAAA